UCCCAUCGUGUUCAAGGGCGGUAACUAUAAACAGGAAUGAAUAAAGUGCACUCUCCGACUCUCAGCAAUGACAGGAAAACCAUAGCACUGCAGCGAUGGAAGAUCCUGAAACAGGCAUUGACAGGCAGCCGCUCAUCUGAGACUCGUACUAGUGAUGGCUCAAUUCGAAGAUUUUCCGGUUACGGUCUGCUGAAGACGGAGAAGUUAUCAAUGACGCCAGAGGGUAGUGUGUGGUAUCAAUAUACGGCACCCAGUCAACCAGGAUUCGCUAUGUCUGUGAGGCAUUUACCAGGAACCAUUGAUGCCAGCACAUUGUUAGGAUUUAACAACACUGGGAAUGUUUGUGUUUGGCCUGCAGAAGAAGUAAUGACUGAUUACUGUUUAAAAAACUCAGAACAAUUCAGGGACUGCUCAGUUUGUGAGUUAGGAGGGGGUAUGACAUGCUUGGCUGGGCUUGCUCUGGCCAUCGUAUCCAAAGCAACCAGUGUGCUAAUAAGUGAUGGGAAUGAAGACUCUGUCGAAAAUCUUAAUGUUAUACUCAGUCAUCAAGACAACCAGUCGCAAUUUGAUAACACAAAAGUUUCUUCAAGACUCAUUCGCUGGGGUGGUGACACUAAACAUGAGGACUUGGAGGGAAGAUUUGAUUUUGUCCUUUGUGCAGACUGUCUGUUCUUUGAUGAUGGCAGAGCUGAUCUAGCAGACUUGAUAUUUGAUAUCCUUAAACCUAAUGGCAAAGCCAUCAUAUAUGCUCCACAUAGAGGCCCCACAUUUGAAUCCUUCAGAGAUCUAGCCCAGAAACAGUUCCAUGUAGAUGCUCAGGAAAAGUACAGCCCCGAGGUCUGGGAUCUGCACUGCAAGAUGAAGAUGAAUGAAAGUGGAAUAUAUGACGAGAAUAUACAUUUUCCACUUCUGAUGACUUUAACUAAACACAGCUGACGUCACAUGCUGCGGUCAACUACUGUCUGUGAUAUUAAGAAUUCCAAAAAUUCAUAUCAUACAUGUGCGUCCAAGUUUUGCUGAUUUGACAUGCUGUACUGCGUGUGUAUAUUCUGUAUGUCAGUGUGUUGUAACAUAAAAUAUAACAUUUUAAAAAGUC